UCACACUCAUCUCCUCGAUUCCAAUCUUCAGCAGACGACGAAACCCAGAGAAAAUUAAAAAAAGAAAAAAAAAAGAAACUUUUGGAGGAGAAUGAAAGCAGAGCUAAACUUACCAGCAGGAUUCAGAUUCCACCCCACGGACGAAGAGCUCGUGAAAUUCUACUUGAUCCGUAAAUGCUCAUCGGAGCAGAUCUCAGCUCCGGUUAUCGCCGAAAUCGAUCUCUACAAGUUCAACCCUUGGGAGCUUCCAGAGAUGUCUCUGUACGGAGAGAAAGAGUGGUACUUCUUCUCGCCUCGAGACCGGAAAUACCCAAACGGUUCGCGUCCUAACCGGGCAGCAGGUACCGGUUAUUGGAAAGCCACCGGAGCUGAUAAACCCAUCGGUAAACCGAAGACGUUGGGGAUAAAGAAAGCGCUCGUCUUCUACGCCGGGAAAGCUCCCAAAGGGAUUAAAACGAAUUGGAUCAUGCACGAGUAUCGUCUCGCUAAUGUCGAUAGAUCAGCUUCUGUUAACAAAAAGAACAACCUACGACUUGAUGAUUGGGUGUUAUGUCGAAUCUACAACAAGAAAGGAACCAUGGAGAAGUACUACCCUGCUGAUGAGAAACCGAGGACCGCAUCGUCGCCUUUUGACACAUCGGUGUCGACGUUGCAAGAGGAGGAUUGUAGCAGCUCGGGAGGACACGUGGUGUCACCUGAUGCGAAGGAGGAGGUUCAGAGCGAGCCUAAAUGGAGAGAGCUUGAGGAUGCUUUGGAGGCUUUUGAUUCUUCCAUGUUUGGUGGUGUUGGUGGUUGUUCCAUGGACUUGUUGCAGAGCGAUGCUUUUGUUCCUCAGUUCAUGUAUCAGCCUACUGAUUGCUUCACUUCGUUCCAGGAUCCGCUUGAGCAGAAACCGUUCUUGAAUUGGAGUUUUGCUCCGCAGGGGUGAAGAAGAUGAGAUGGUUUGUCUGUGUUUGUGAUGUGCUAGAGAGAAGUUUCUCAAUCAGCUUUUGUUUCUUUGUAGUAUAAAAGAUUGUAUUAGUGUUAAUAGUUGUUAGCAUCAAUCAAUGUCUCAUUGAUAGGCAAAUUCUUGUAAUUUCAUUAGAAAAUUUAUAUGAAAAAAAAUAUAACACAUUCUUCAA